AUGGAUGAUGAAUCAAACGCUCUUCUAUUUUAUCAAAAGGCGCUCGCAAUUCGACAAAGGAAGUUUCCAAUCGAUGAUCCAUCUUUGGUGACAAUAUAUACCAGUAUUGCAUCUCUACAUUAUUCGAUGAAAGAUUACUCAAAUGCUAUCGCAUUUUAUAAGAAAGUAAUCGAAAUUUGCGAAAAAUCUUCAUCUUCAGAUGAUCUCAAUCUAGCGACCAACUAUAACAAUAUUGCUGUCGCUUAUAAAUCAAUUGAAGACUUAACAAAUGCUCUGGUAUUUUACGAAAAGGCACUUGCGAUUCGAGUUCAAAGGCUUCCAUCGACUGAUCCAUUACUGGCCCCACUUUAUAGUAGUAUUGGCUCGAUACAUUCAUCGAACGGCAACAAAGCGGCUUCAGUUGAAUUUUAUGAAAAAUCACUUAAAAUUCAAGAAACAUUACCAUCACCUAAUUAUUCGUCCAUGUCAGUGAUGUAUUAUAAUACAGCAAUAGCUUAUGAUGACCUUCAAAACCAUGAGGUGGCUCUCAAAUAUGCCGAACGUUCUGUCGAAACUGCUCGCUUAGCUUUUGGUCCUGACCAUUCGGAAGUGAAAGAAAAUCAAAUGCUGGUGGAUAGACUUCGUAAUAAACAAUGA